AUGGCGUUCCUGUGGCUCUUCUCCUGCCUCGCCCUCAUCAGCACCUCCUACGGGUGCGGCGUGCCCACCAUCCAGCCCGUCGUGACUGGUCUUGCUAGGAUUGUCAAUGGCGAAGAUGCCGUUCCCGGAUCCUGGCCCUGGCAGGUGUCUCUGCAGGACCGGACCGGCUUCCAUUUCUGCGGAGGCUCUCUGAUCAACGAGAACUGGGUGGUGACCGCCGCCCACUGCAACGUCAGAACGUCUCACCUCGUGGUCGCUGGAGAGUUUGACCAUGGCUCUGAUGCAGAGGACAUCCAAGUCCUGAAGAUCGACAAGGUGUUCAAGAACCCCAAGUUCAACAUCCUGACCAUCCGCAAUGACAUCACCCUGCUGAAAUUGGCCAGCCCUGCCCACCUCACCGACACUGUGUCCCCCGUGUGCCUGCCCCAAGCCGGCCAAGACUUCCCCGCGGGCUCCACCUGUGUCACUACCGGCUGGGGCAAGACCAAGCACAACGCCCUGCUUACGCCCAAGAAGCUGCAGCAGGCUGCCCUGCCCCUCCUGUCUAACGAAGAGUGCAAGGAGUUCUGGGGCAGCAAGAUCUCCGAUGUCAUGAUCUGCGCUGGAGCCAGUGGUGUUUCUUCCUGCAUGGGCGAUUCUGGUGGCCCCCUGGUGUGUGAGAAGGAUGGGGCCUGGACCCUGGUGGGCAUCGUCUCCUGGGGCAGCGGCACCUGCUCCACCAGUACUCCUGCCGUGUACUCCCGGGUCACCGAGCUCAUGUCCUGGGUGCAGGACAUCCUGGAUGCCAACUAA